AUUGAUGUUUUCGCGUAUUUUCUUGCCAAUUCAGGAAAAUAAUAACAAUAGGUACCAUUUGGACUUUAUUCCCCUCAUGCACUAUGGGUUCCUUUGGAACAAUAUCCAAGAAAGCACUUGUCAGCUAAUAUUUGAAAGGGGUUGACAAAAAAAGGGUUGCGUGUUGAAACGACGUCAUUUAUUCGUUCGAUAAUUCAAUCAUUUUCGCGACGCCACCAAUUUGAUUGUCGACGUCCAUUUCUCCAAUAGGUGAAAUAUCAAUCGUUUGAAAAAAAUUAUUUUUCGGUUAACAAUGACCGUAUUUUUUUGGAUACGAAUAUAGUUAACUCUGUUCGCCAACUUGUUGGAAAACCUGAUACGCGGAAACUUAGUCUGCGCCGAUUUCCAAAAUAUUGAUUUUGGGUUGGAACAGAAUGGAGUAGUGGUAACAAUUUUCGUCUUAGGUUUAAUAUACAGCGCUGUUCUUAGACGAAACCUACCAUUGUUAAAAAAGUUCCGUUUUCUCGAAAUUUUUUCAUAAAUUAUACGAUGUGUCGAAAAUUAGAAUUAGGAAGUGCAUACAUUUGACGAAAUUUAACGUAGUGACGAUUGAGUGGAUGGAUAUUGGAUGUGUUUACUCUGCCAAGUUCCAGAUUUCCAAAAAUCAACCAAUAUGUUUCAUUGAAGACGAUCAAAAUUUGCAAAUCUACUCUAUUUAGACCCACUAUUGAGAUCCUGCUUACUCAUCUUUUAAAUAUGAUGAUUCAUGUGGAAAUUUGAAGGGCUUGGUUCUUCAAUGGCUUCGAUCAGAAACAAACAGAAAUGACCAGCUUGACAUUGGCAUUAGACAAUGAUGUGAGUGAAAAUAUCACUAAACUAUUUCCAAAGUGUCGACCCAGAAGUGAUAUCAAUCUGAAUCGCAUUAUAAGUUUGGAUCAUGAAACAAAUGAGAACAUCUCAAAUAGGGUCAUGAAUAUCGAAAGCGAAAACGAUAGCUGUCACAAAAGUAUUUGUCGCACAGGUUGAUUCAUAUUUUUUAUAACUCCAUCCAUACCAUGCCAUUGCUAUGUUAUGUUGCUUGUUAUCCUUGAAGCAUGCCUCAUUGGAAAUUACCAACAAACAAUGAAAGCAAUAUUAAGGUUACUUAGACUCAAUAGUUCACUAUAAAAACAGCUCACAGAUGGCUGGCAGAUAGCUCUUGUUUAAGCAAUCAGCUUCAUCGGGAGGAUGAUGAUAUUCUUAUCGAUCAUGAACAUCCUGGAGGAACCUACAAACUUAGGGAUUCUAGAAUUAUCGAAAUAGCAGGUGGUCGAGAAAUAUAUUCUCAGAGCCGUAGCAAAGCUGUACGGAAAUGCAGAAAUAUAUGUCUGGAAGACGGUGAAAAGAGAUCAUUGAAAUCCCCUAUGCGUCAAGGUGUAUGGGAAUUUAGAGGACGCAACAAUGAUAUAAAAAAACUGAGUAACUCUAGAGGCUACACAGAGACGGUUUUCUCUUCUGAGGUCAGUUCGGUCACUCACCAGAAUGACAAGCAUAGGGAGAGUCCGGAAGUAGAGAAAUCUCCAAGUGUGUUGAAAGUGGCUAAUCCAGGAGAUGUAGUUGUCUUUGACGACAUCGGGGAUGAGUGGCAUAUGGACGUUAAAAGGAUGGAGAACAAUUACACUGCCCACAAUCUUAAACCUGUCGAGAAGGAAUGUGAGAAAGUUACCAAGGUCAUAGGUAAUUUACCGAUUGCUGUUUAUGAAGGUUCUCCCAGGAGGUAUGGAAUUAGACAUGUUGAAAAUAAUUAUCACUCACAGCUUCCUAGCGCACAAAGUCUUAUAGCUUCACCGAAUGUUUACCCACCAAGGCCUGGGUUUCCUCAGCGAGUUGUCUGCAGUCCAACAGAAAACGAAAAAACACCAGUAGAAAAUAACCAAUUUAAGGUCACAUCACCGCCUUCAACUACUAAUUCAACUUUUGACUAUCUGUAUGAAUUUUCCGAAACGAGAAAAGUUUUGGAGGAAUUCUUCAAGUGUCCUCCUCCGGAAGAAGAAAACCGAUUGGAAGCUGAAUUUCAAGAUCUCGAAUAUGAAUUACGAAAACAAGGUGGCGAAUCUGGUAAUUCUUAUGUUGGACAGAGGCUAGCUAAGACAAAACCUGAAUCUACAGAAUUCUGCUUACAUAUUGAAUCGCCUAGGAAAUAUUCUAACAACUUCAGCAAUAUACAGAAUCAUGAUGUAAAUGAGCACGAGAACAACUUUUUGGAUUUAUCGAUUGGAACUGGAUCUAGUGGUGAUCUAGGUGAAACUGAAGUUGGUUUGCAGGUUGGGCACGGUAGGAAUUUUACUCUUUCACCGGAAACUACUGACUGCGACUCAAAUUGUGGCGACCUAGAUAGUGAGGUUUCAUUAAUGCUGAUGGACAAUGAGCUUGGACCAGUUCCUGGACAUUUAGGAUCAUCUUCAGAUUUAAUUCCAAACGAUACUUUACGUUUGUACUCGAGUAUGCCAGUUCUGGAAGAUGGUUUGUCUUCAGGACAUGCCAGCGAUACAGACAACAACAACCCAACGGUCAUGUUGAUGAAGAGGCAGAUAACUGAAAUCGAAAGAGAAAUCAACCAAGGGAUUUGUAAACAAAAACCAACAAAAAAUCCAAUCGAGAAUGGUAUGUCGCCGGACAAAGAGUGUAUUUUAAGUACUUCUCCUAUAGGUAUUAAUGGUUGUGUUAAUAACUUCGAAGAACCUCACAUAAUUUCACAUAUUGAUUCAUCGUUAGAUAAAACACCUCCUCCACCAGCACCUGCGCCUCACAGACUGAUACAAACUGAAAAAACAAGUGAUGUAGAGGCAGCUAUUAAAGAUAUUAGAUUAACAUUACAAAGAACCAAAACUUUGCCUGUAAAAUGUCGCGCUGAAGAAGAGCCUGAUGAUGCUGUUGGCAGUCCUGUUUGGGUGCCAAGGCAAAGAGGGCUCUCUAAUGCAAGUGGUGAUUCAGAUAGAAAAGGCAACAGUGGCGACGAAGAAGAAAAUGACACUGAUUUGGAAACUGAUCGACUUCUUGGACAGCAAAGAACAGAUGAUCAAAGCUUCUAUGAAGAAAAGGGUUGGAGAAAAUCUAAAAGUCGGACCAUUAUGCCUUCCCAUAGUCAUUCGAAUCACAAACAGUUACUUAACACCAUGGAUGAAGUAAAUGUACCCCUUGUCCAAAACGAAUCCCCAAAUUCGAAUCCCCCCUCUCCUACAGCCGAUUCUGACAAAAGCCAAUCGUCACAAACUCAGAAGGGAACUGUUUCAUCGAGCAAAAUUAAAAAGGAUAAAGAUUCGAAAAAGAAGGGUCGUAGCAAAGAAGAUGUUAUUCAACGUUCAGUGCUCAUAGAGGGCGUUCUCUUCCGGGCACGAUACUUGGGAUCCACUCAAUUGGUAUGCGAAGGCCAGCCUACAAAAACAACAAGGAUGAUGCAAGCGGAGGAAGCUGUGUCCAGAAUCAAGGCAUUGGCUCCUGACGGUGAGUCUCAACCGAGCACUGAAGUUGAUCUCUUCAUCUCGACGGAGAAAAUCAUGGUUUUGAAUACUGAUCUGAAGGAAAUAAUGAUGGAUCACGCGCUCAGGACUAUUUCCUAUAUUGCCGACAUUGGCGAUCUGGUUGUUUUGAUGGCGAGGCGUAGAUUCGUACCUCACGAGAUGGAGGAGGCACCGAAGAUCAACAGAACACCGAAGAUGAUUUGUCACGUUUUCGAAAGCGAAGAAGCUCAAUUCAUUGCUCAGUCCAUUGGUCAAGCUUUUCAAGUUGCCUAUAUGGAGUUCCUCAAAGCGAAUGGCAUUGAGGAUCAUAGUUUUGUUAAGGAAAUGGAUUACCAGGAAGUUCUCAACUCCCAAGAGAUAUUCGGAGAUGAAUUGCAGAUGUUUGCUAAGAAAGAGAUGCAAAAAGAGGUUGUCGUUCCCAAGGCUAAAGGAGAAAUUUUGGGCGUGGUUAUUGUUGAAUCUGGGUGGGGCUCAAUGCUUCCUACGGUGGUCAUAGCCAACUUGGCUCCUGCAGGAGCAGCAGCUAGAUGUGGCCAACUCAACAUAGGAGACCAAAUAAUAGCCAUCAACGGAGUCAGUCUAGUUGGUUUGCCAUUAUCGACUUGUCAGAACUACAUUAAAAAUUCUAAGAAUCAGACAGUGGUCAAACUGACUGUCGUUCCCUGUGCUCCAGUUGUCGAAGUUAAAAUUAAACGACCAGAUACGAAAUAUCAACUUGGAUUUAGUGUUCAGAAUGGAGUUAUUUGCAGUUUACUUCGAGGGGGUAUUGCAGAAAGGGGAGGAGUCAGAGUUGGACACAGGAUCAUUGAAAUAAACAAUCAAAGUGUAGUUGCCGUACCACAUGAGAAAAUAGUGAACUUACUUGCUACUUCUGUAGGGGAGAUUUUGAUGAAAACUAUGCCGACCUCCAUGUUCAGAUUGUUAACUGGACAAGAGAACCCGAUAUAUAUUUAAAGGAGCCCUUCAGGAGGUCAGAAAGUGCCUACUUGUAGUUGAUAUUUGAACAGUCCUCAGAAUUGCUUUUAUUCGAUCAUGCUUUAGUCGCAGAUCAAUAUAUUUUUUAUUAUUAGUACAAUAAGUUCUACAGACUGAACGACAAUACAUGACCUAUAUGCACUUGCACAAUGCGUCGAGCUUUUGUGAUAGAUCAUAUUUGCUUGUCGCAUAAUAUUAUUUCAUUUGUUGUGAAUGUGAAUGCAUUAACCAAAGAUAUUGGCUUAAAUUUUGUAAUGAAAAAAAUGAUGUGACCAUUCGUUCCAUAAAUAAUAGAUAGGAUAUUGAUGUCUAAAUUAUAUUAUUUCUCCCAAUUCGGUAAUUUUAUUGGGAUACAUGUCGUCUUUCCUAACGAAUUUCUCGUGUAUAUUCAUUUAUAUAAUUCCGAUAUUUAUUUCUACAUGUAAGAUGUUUUUUUUUUGGCAUCCACUAUUUCGAACUAUUCCUUGCUACUAUAUAUGAUUGAAAAAUCAUUUUGAACUGUUCAAAUUUGCAACAGUUCAUUUAUAUUUUAAGAAAAUCCACCUGAAUCAUUUUGUCAAUCCAAUUGCUGGAUGACGAUUUUUGUGUGUAGAUUUGUUGCUGAAAUGAUAUUGUAUUUGAAAGAACAUCAUUUCUAAUGUACUUCGAAUGAAUUUUGUACUCAGUUUGAGAAUAAUUCAGAGCUGAAAAAAAUCAAAAUACCUUUUUUAUAAGAAUAAUUAGUUGGUUAAUUGAACUUACGCAGGCGAAAAAUGAUCAGUAUAGUAGUAUCUAGUCGGCAGAGUAGCUAUUAUUUUAUUUAUUACAUGGAAUGUUGCUUAAGUUUCUAAACAAAGUAUACAACUCUAUAAACUUGAUUAAUUUUUGUCAUGUUAAUUUUAUAUAAAGGUGUGUGAUUAGCAUUAAAUAUUAUUAAAGAUAGAAAAAUUUUCAUCCACGGAACUAAAUAGAAAAUAUUCACCAUAAUUGUAUUUCUAGAUAUGAAAAAAAAACAAAUAUUAAACUUAUAUUUCCACAAUUUUAAGCUAUUUGAGUGUUACAUUAAUGUAUAAUUAUUAUUGUCAUAGGAUAUUUUCUAACGAUAUUGGUCAAAUAUAAAUUUUCAACCUUUUUUGGUGGGUAUAUCUGUAGGUUCCAAAUCUAAAGAACAUGUUUAGAGUAGCAUUUCAAAAAAAAUGCCAUGUUUGUGUUACCUCCCAUUUCUCUGAUAAUAAUUCAAUGCUUCACCCUUUAUCAUCCUAACGAAGAAAAAAACUAGCUAUUUAUCGAACCGUGUUAAAUUGAAUUUAGGUUAUAUAUUUUUUGUCGUGUAAAUAACUGUAUAAACUGAACAUUCCAUAAUAUCUGUGUUCCUCUCUAAUGGAGGUAAAAACUAUAUAGUAGAUUAUUUAUUUUCAUAUUUUGAACAGAGGUCUUCUGCCAAGAUUGCUGAUUUUGAAAUCGAAUCAACACCAUUCACCUCAAUUUUUUUUUAAUGUGUUGUGCAAUUGUGAACAGUUAUGAUGUUGACGUUACAAAUUUUAUCAUUCCAUUCAUAUUUUAUUUAUUACCAUCGCAUGUAGAUCGAUCUUUAUUCGCAUAUUGCAACCAGGGACAAUUUUAUAUAUCUAUAAAAUAAUUUUUGGUCCUAACAAACAACAUGUAAGUCGACAUCAUAAUACCUCUUUUUUUUUUUUUCAUUUCAUCACCCAGAUAAAUUAUUUGGGUACAACCAUAUCAAAUGAGUUCAUAUUUAUUGUAUUAUGGUAUUUUAACUCUUAUUAUCCAAUAAUUAUCUAUACUUGCUGCAAAAUUUAUGUGUAAUUUAUAUGUACAAAUAUACUACAUUAUUAAAGCAGAAAGAGCUUCA